AUGUCUCAACAACAAUCAAAUUCAAUUUCGAAUGAUUUUUCAUAUUUAUUUUUUCGUAAUGGAGUUUCUUUUCAAAUAAAUUAUGAUGAUGAUGAAGAUAAUAUUAAUAAUAAUAAUAAUAAUAAUGUGCAUGAUGAUAAAUCUCAAAUAUUAAAAUUAAGUGAUUUAUGUUGUUCAUUAAUUGUACAAAAUGAAUAUUUAACUGAACAUGCAUGUGAUAUUAUACCAAAAGAAUUAUUUUAUCCAUUAUUUCGUGCUGCAUUAAAUUCUACACAAGAUGAUACAUGUAUAAAUAUAUUAAUAUCGCGAUGGCCAUAUAGAAUAUUUCGUUUAGAAAAUUUUGUUAAAAAAAAAUUAACAUCAUUAAAAAUGUUAUUAUGUGAAAAAACGGCAUUACAAAGAACAAAACAAGCUAUUAAAUAUUCUGUUAUUUUAAUUCCACGUUUUAUUGAUUCAAUACGACAACAACAACAAAUAAAUAAAAAUAAAUUAUCUAAUUUACGUAUACUUGAUGUGACAAAUUUUCCUGUUGUUGAAUUAAUAUUAAGAUAUAUUUCUACACAUUGUCGUUUAGCUGAAAAAGAAACAAAACGUAAUCAAUUAAUUGAUAUUUAUCAUCAACAACAUCAACAUUUAUUACCUGUUCUUAAAUCUGACGAUGAGAAUAGUAAUGACAGUGAAAUUAAUAUUUGUACAGACACUCAAUCAGUAAAUUCAAAUGAUAAUAAUGAUGAUCUUAUUAAAACAAGUUCAUAUCCAGAUGAUAUAAUUAUUAUUCGUUUUGAUUGUAUUAUUCAAGAUUAUCGAACAUAUGUUGAACUUCUAUCUGCUCUUCGUUCAUCAACUCCAAAUAUUCAAUUACAAAUAUGUACAAUUGAUAUGCGUUGUAUUGGUUUAGCACUUGUUAGCAAUUUAUCAUGUAAUUUUAUUGAUUUUCGUCUUAAUCAUGAUGAUUUGGAACAGUUUUGUACUGUUUUAUCACAGUUAAAACAUUUAAAAAAUCUUUCAUUAAGUGGUUCACCAAUAACAAAUCGUCUUGAACAUAUAUUAAAUUCUAUUGAACAUUCAUUAGAUAUAUUAAAUCUUGAUUUUUGUUCUUUAUGUGAAAAUGAUUUAAUUAGUUUAUGUCAAAUGAGUACGCGUCAUCAAUUUUUGCAUUUAGAUUUAGGUACAAAUCGUUUAAAUCGUUUUAUGCGUACAUUAUUACUUGUUUUAAUGAAACAAAAACGUCUUGUUGUAUUAGAACUUGAUUAUAAUCGUUUUUCAUCAAAUGAUUAUCUAGAAUUAAUAGCUUGUUGUCAACGUUUAACAACAUUAAAAUGUUUAAGUGUUCGUGGACCAAAUUCUUUAACAACACAAUUAGCUGCUGCAACAUUUAUUGGUGAACAUUAUCCAUGUUUACGUUCAUGGAAAAUUGCUUCACCUAUUGAAUAUUCUUUGAAUCGUUUUGUAGGAAAUGAUGAACAAAAUUAUUUAAUACAAACUAUUAUGCCUUAUGAUAUAUUUGUUAAUGAAAUGAAUAAACGAGCUAAAUGUCUUGUUUCAAUAGCUGAACUUACUGUGUGA